CUGAUAUAGCUAGAGAUAUAUUUAUAUAUUUUUUUUACACAGUUUACAACGAUGCAAGCAGAACGUACACAUAUAGUGAAACAUUUUGGUUUAGUUUGUUCGCUUACAACCAGGGUUUCCGUUUAACCUUAACCUUUCAACUUUGGCCGAGAAGGCAAAAUGGCGGCUCCCUCGUUGGUAAUUUUGCUGAGGACGCUUAGAACCCUUUCGCCAAUUGUUUCGAAAAGAAUUUUCCUGACAGAGAGAACCCCUUUAUCAACAUGGUCUCGGGUUGGCUACCAGCAGCUCCGGAUAAGGUUACCUUCAAACUACACUUUUUGUACCGUCGCGUCUGAAUCGGACAAAGCAAGCGAUGCCAUCGAAGCCACUGAAAUACCUUCUCGUUAUAAGGAUAGACCCUGGGAAUACCUUGAAAGUGAAGAGUAUACUACGCGGUAUAAUUCCAAGCUAAUAUGGUCCGACUACAGGAGAAACCACAAAGGAAGCAUUCCUCCACAGAAAACAAGGAAGACUUGCAUUAGAGGGACAAAAAUCUGUGGAAAUCCCUGCCCUAUUUGCCGAGAUCCCAAUAUCGCCAUUCACUAUAAGAACGUGAAGCUGCUCGAGCAGUUCGUUAGUCCUCACACAGGGAUCGUCUAUGACCCCACUCGCACAGGCGUGUGCAUGAAGCAGCAGAAACAAUUAAACCGGGCCAUCGAAACCGCCAGGGACCACGGUCUGCUACCCUUCCAGGUGCCCUAUGUAGAAUUCACAGGGGAGGACUACUCCAACUCCCAUGAUGCCGUGGGGCACACCCCACCGCCUCCGUGCCUGACCUCUGGUGAGACCUGGUACGAGUGGUACGGCAGCUUGCAGCCUGAUGAGUCUGAGGUGGCUCGAAUUAAGAAGGUGUACAAGGAUUAUCUUAAAUAAAGGGAACAGAUACUGUGGAGGAUUAAAAUCUGUAAAUUGAUUGGCCGGUUCCAAGUGAGACCUCUUCAGUCUGCCAAUGAUACUUUUCCCCUUCUGUUAACCCAGGGGUGCACAACUCCGGUCCUGGAGGUCCGGUCUGCCAGCCGCUUUUUGUUCCAAUGACCUUAAUUUAUUUUUCUGACGGCUGAAGAAAUGAGGUUGGUUGGCUCCUGGACUUCAGCACAGUGCAGUCUGUAGGACACACUUUCAGUCUGCAGCUGGUGCAGGUACCAGUGUCUGAUCAAGACAUUAUUUAGUCAAAUCAUUAAUAGUAGAAGUUGGCACAAAAUCCUGAAGCCUGAUUGGCCCUUGCUGUGCACCCCUGUGUUAACCCUCUGCAGAGAUUUUGGUGUUCAAGGCCUCCCCUGCUUUACCAGUAGUGAUUGUUACAUGUGCAUUAGAAUGCUCAGUUAAUAGAAUGUGCUUGAGUUCAUGUAAUAAAACAACUUGGCAACAAAAAAUUGGUGCAAAAAUCCAUUUAUUUUAUAGUUAGUAGCAUUCAUGUAAUUAUGUCCAUAUUUUCAAAUUCCCGCUUUGUCCCACCCCUAAAUUCAAAGUUUAAUAUCAGUGAUACAGCUAUAUGUAUACGUUCUUUACUUCCUGGGCCAAAGUUAAAGUACUGUUUCCACUCGAUGCAUACUGCUCCAAGCCUAGCCUACAGUACGGUACCACCAGUCUCGUUCUUGUGCCAUCAGCCGAUUGGUUAAAACGAACUUUCCUUUGGCCUGCAACGGCAACUUGGCACACGGCGCAUCACUUUCCAAAACACACAGCGUUCGCUCAUCCCUGACUGGCCCACACGCGUCACACGGCGUGUGCCGGCCAAUCAGAGGGGGAGGAUGUGCACUGGGUGAAGAGGGCCGUGACAUUGGCUUGCGCCGCCGUUCCGCAGACACAAGAUGGCGCCAGUACACCGCCGCUGAGCUAGCCCCCUUCAGCGCCCCAGGACUAAGCGUGGUGUAGAUUCUGUGGUAAUGUUUCGCCCCCGUCAGCACACUCCCCCACCGCCCGCCCCGGCACCGCGGCCCCCCCCCCCGGUCAUUCUUUGGUCUUGUGCACCAGCGUCUCCCCCAGGGCCUCCAGGACCUCGCGCUUGUAGUCCUCGAAGUCGCCGUCGAUCUGGUUGACCGAGCGGUCUUCCACCACCCACAGCUGGCACUGCGUCUCGGUGAUCAGCCGGGCGUCGUGGCUCACGAUGAUCACGGCUGGAAGCAGAGCCGCGGGCCGUCAGAACACCCCCGCGGCGCCGGCCCGGUCCAGAGCGUCCUCCGCUUAAUCCCCGGGGGGGGGGAGGGGCGCAAGACCAGGGCCAAGUACCAGCAUAUGGACUGAAGCUUACCAACAGCAUGCUAAGUUUAGUUUGAAAUUGCAUGCUAACUUUAUAGACCAAAGUUUAGUAAUGGCACACUAUAGACUGAAGCCCAGUAACGGCCCGGUAACUUUACAGAUUGAAGCUUUGCACGGUAAUUUUUACGAAAUUAAAAGUUGCACGAUAUGAACAGACUCAGGCACAGUGAAUUAUUUAUUUGAAAUGUUAAGAUACUUGCCUCCCUUAUACUCGUUAAUGGCUUCAGAUAAGGCGUCGAUCGACUCGAUGUCCAGGUUGUUGGUGGGCUCAUCCUGACAGGAACAGAGUCGAGGUUUACACACAUACCUGGACUCGCAUGAUCUGUACAAUGCACCUUGUUUUCACAAUGACCGAUUCAACAAAUUAAAAACUUAAUGAUGUAAAAGUA